AACACCCCGUAUAUUAUAGUAGUAUUAUACAGAAAGCCCUAAAGUAUUCCCCCAUCACUCUUCUUUUUUCCAUAAGUUAUUGCAAUAUCUCAGUAAUCAAACCAAUCAACCUUUUCUUCAAUUUUCAAUCGCCAUUAACAACGAAGCUCGAAAUCAAUGGAGGACAUUCUCUCUCCUUCCGAUAAGCAGGUUAUGGUCUCCAAUUUCCUCGAGAUCGCCGUUGGCCAGACUGACGAUACUGCCCGCCAAUUCUUGCAGGCAACAAGCUGGAGGCUUGAAGAAGCUAUUCAGCUAUUCUAUGUGGGAAACGAAGGUGGUGCAGUGGCUCUUCCAUCAUUUAUUCCCCCAGAACAAAAUGCAACUCCAUUAGUUGACAAGAGCUCUAGUGGAUCGGAUGAGGGUGAAGCAAAGGAAAUAAGCGGACUAAAUGACGGUGAUGAUGUGCGCCCACCUUUACCUGUGAUAAGAGAGGCUCUCUAUGAUGAUGCUGUGGUGUACGGAGCCUCAAGAAUAGGGUAUCCACCAGGAAUGAGUUCUGUGGUUGCCUUCCGCAAUUUCGAGGAGGAAAUGAAGCACCCUGCUGUAUGGGAAGCUGAACAAGGUGGUAGUUCUACAACAGACAGCUCUCGAGAUAACCUUGCUGCUAUGUUCCGGCCUCCUUUUGCUUUAAUGACCCAGGGUCCUUUUGAGAAGGCAAAACUUACUGCUGCUGCUUCGGACCAGUGGCUUGUGGCUAAUUUACAAUCCCCUACAGAAUUUAGCUCACAUAUGCUCAACAGAGACACCUGGGCAAAUGAAGCUGUGGCCCAAACUAUCAAAACCAAUUUUAUCUUUUGGCAGGUUUAUGAUGAUACAAGUGAGGGUAAGAAGGUGUGUAGUUACUACAAAAUCGAAUCUGUUCCAGUUAUUCUUGUCAUUGACCCCAUAACAGGACAAAAAAUGCGUUCGUGGUCUGGUAUGGUACAUCCUGACCGAUUACUGGAGGAUCUACUGCCUUUCAUGGAUAGCGGGCCACAUAACCAUCAUUCCUCACUCUCUCAUAAGCGGCCGAGAGAAAGUUCAAAUGUUCCUGCUCAGAAAGUCCAGGGUGAGACCACCUUAGAUGAUGAGGAAUUGCAACGAGCUCUUGCUGCAUCAAUGGAGAACAUGAAUCAUCCAGAUGAAAUUGCUUCUGAAGACAAAGAUGCAGUCACUGCCAACAAGGAGGAAGAAAAAUGCUCUACAAAGAUUCCUGUGUAUCCCCCUCUUCCUGAAGAACCAAAGGGAGAGAGAAACCUGCUUUGCCGUGUUGGAUUUCGUCUCCCUGAUGGACGAAGAGUUCAGCGGAACUUUCUGCGCACUGACCCUAUACAGUUGUUGUGGUCAUUCUGCAGAUCCCAGCUUGGAGAGGCUGAGACAAGGCCAUUACGGUUGACACAUGGAGUCCUUGGAGCUGCAAAAUCUCUGGAAUAUGAUAGUAAUUUAACCUUUGAAGAAUCAGGGCUCUCAAACUCCAUGAUAUCUGUUACUUGGGAGUAAGAUUGAUAUGUUGCUCUCUCGGUAUAUAUAUUAAGUAUAUGGCUGAGAGCUCAAGCAGACUUUUGACUGAAUCAGUUAUCUUGCAGUUUGCUCCGCCUUUUGUUUUGUCAUAUUGUUUGUAGAACAAGUAUGAUAGGAAGGAGUAAUUAUUGUUAUGUAGUCCAUAUGUAUAUACUUAAAUGCCAACAGCUCAUAGAAUGGUAUCUGUCAAAUUACAGACAGCUAGUUGUGUCUUGCUUUAGCUCUUUUAAUCCAAGUCCUUUAUAUUCGGGUGUAGUCAGUUUCACCCACGAAAGCACGAA